GCUGACAACAAGAGGAUGCAGCCCGGUGUCCGGGCGGGCUCUUACCCGCGAAGCGGAUCUUCACGAGGUCGAGCGGGUGCAGGGCAAGGUUGGAUAAGACGCCGCCGCUCACGCCCGCUACUAGGUUCUCAUACCGGACGUGGCGGAAUACCGUGCUCCAUGCCGACGACCCGGACGCCGAAUGGCCCUGGCCCGUCAUAGGCUCAGGACCCACCGACACCACGGCGCCCAGGGCCGCGGAGGUGGGACGCAAUGCAGUAGCCGCCACCGUGGCGACGGUCGCCCCUUUUGAGCGCAAGUCCACCUCCGGGACCGGCGAAAGGAUUCUUACGCCCAGUGCGCGUGAGCGAAGUCGCAAGACUCUAGUACUGAGGGGGCAAGAAUGGGGCGCAGCCACUACGUCACGCCGGCGGAAAGCGCGAUGGAAGGGAGGUGGCAGACUCGGCCGAGUCUCCGCCCUGCCUCGCCCACAAAUGCGCCAGCGCACAGACGCGGAAGACACCGCACAGCAAGAACCGCCCCUUGCUAACGGUUGCCAGCAAAACUACGGAGCCCCGCAGGAUCCAGUUGAGCCAGCCAGCCUCCGCUCCGCGAGUCACGUGACUGGAAGUAGUCUGAGGAAAGCGGAAGUCGCAUGUGGGAGUAGGCGGCGGUGGGCGGAACUCGUACCGGAGAGCUCGUGGAGUCCGGCCGUAGGAGCAAGCAAGAUGAAGGUGAAGAUGCUGAGCCGGAAUCCGGACAAUUAUGUCCGCGAAACCAAGUUGGACUUACAGAGAGUUCCAAGAAACUAUGAUCCUACUUUACAUCCUUUUGAGGUCCCACGAGAAUAUGUAAGAGCUUUAAAUGCUACCAAACUGGAACGAGUAUUUGCAAAACCAUUCCUUGCGUCUCUGGAUGGUCACCGUGAUGGAGUCAAUUGCUUGGCAAAGCAUCCAAAGAACCUGGCUACUGUCCUUUCUGGGGCAUGCGAUGGAGAGGUUAGAAUUUGGAACCUGACUCAGCGGAAUUGUAUCCGUACAAUACAAGCACAUGAAGGCUUUGUACGAGGAAUAUGUACUCGCUUUUGUGGGACUUCUUUUUUCACUGUUGGUGAUGACAAAACUGUGAAGCAGUGGAAAAUGGAUGGGCCAGGCUAUGGAGAGGAGGAAGAGCCAUUACAUACAAUAUUAGGAAAGACAGUCUAUACUGGGAUUGAUCAUCACUGGAAAGAAGCUGUUUUUGCCACAUGUGGACAGCAAGUAGACAUUUGGGAUGAACAAAGAACUAAUCCUAUAUGUUCAAUGACCUGGGGAUUUGACAGUAUAAGUAGUGUUAAAUUUAAUCCAGUUGAGACUUUUCUCUUGGGAAGUUGUGCAUCUGACAGGAAUAUAGUACUGUACGAUAUGAGGCAAGCUACUCCUUUGAAAAAGGUUAUCUUAGAUAUGAGAACAAAUACAAUCUGUUGGAACCCUAUGGAAGCUUUCAUUUUUACAGCAGCAAAUGAAGAUUAUAACUUAUAUACUUUUGAUAUGCGUGCACUGGACACUCCUGUAAUGGUCCAUAUGGAUCAUGUAUCUGCAGUGCUUGAUGUGGAUUACUCUCCCACUGGGAAGGAGUUUGUGUCUGCUAGUUUUGAUAAAUCUAUUCGAAUCUUUCCUGUAGACAAAAGUCGAAGCAGGGAGGUAUAUCACACAAAGAGAAUGCAGCAUGUUAUCUGUGUAAAAUGGACUUCUGACAGCAAGUAUAUUAUGUGUGGAUCUGAUGAAAUGAACAUUCGCCUGUGGAAAGCUAAUGCUUCUGAAAAAUUGGGUGUGCUUACAUCACGAGAAAAAGCAGCCAAAGAUUAUAACCAGAAAUUGAAGGAGAAAUUUCAGCAUUAUCCUCAUAUAAAACGUAUAGCUCGUCAUCGACAUCUACCAAAAUCUAUCUACAGCCAGAUUCAGGAACAGCGCAUCAUGAAAGAAGCUCGUCGACGAAAGGAAGUGAAUCGUAUUAAACACAGCAAGCCUGGAUCUGUGCCAAUUGUGUCAGAGAAGAAGAAACACAUAGUGGCAGUUGUAAAAUAAUUGGUAUUCCUAACAAUCCUGAUGUAUAAUUAUUUGUUACUUUUGAUUUGAGAACUCUACAAAUAAAAGUGCUGGUACUAGAUUAAUUGCAGACAUUUUAGUUAUAUGUGUAGAGCUUUAUUGUUAUUCCUUUUAGCUACCCUGAAAAAUGAUCCCUAAAGGUGGCCUAGUUGAUAAGACUGUUUUAUCCUUAAUCUGCAUUCUUCUUUCAUUGUAGAAUACAGUAUUUGCAACUCAUUUUUUCUUGUUUUUAUUACAGAUACACUUACUUUCUUUCUGAUCCAUUAUUGUAGACACUGUACCUUCAAAUUGACAUUUAAGACCAAAACAUCUCUUACGUUAUCUUUAAUAUUACUUUAAAUAAUGAUUGCAUUGUUUCUUCCUAUGAUUCCACAUAACAUUUAGAAUAAUGAUGUCAAUUUUUUACAACUGAAUUUAUUUCUAGUGCUU